ACUAAUAAGAUAUUUUUUCUUCAUCUUUCAUUUUUUGAGGAUUGAAAUAGAAGAAUAAACUGUUUUCUCCAUUUUUUUCUCUCUAGAACCUUCCAGUGGUUCCAUGGUUGCUUUACGCUUGAUGUCUCAUUUUCACAUGUUAACGUGGUAUCAAAGCUCGGAUGCUGAUAGAUUUGGGUUCCCUCCUUCAUUUGGUGCAUUUUUUGCGGAUUAGUGAAGCGUUUUUUUGGGUCUUUACGGUUUUCGUCGACGAUUAGACGAAAUCCUUCGUCGAUUCUCGAUUUGCAGUGGUUCUCAAGAGGGUUUCCAAGGUUUUAUAGUUUUUUUCAACAACUGGACGGAAUUCGUUCUUUGUCAUUGGAGAUUCUGAAGUUGCAGUGAUUUGUGGAGAAUUUUUUGGUGUUCUCAUCGGUUAACCGGUGUUGCAGUAGACAAGACAGUUUCUCUUUUCGGCAUUGAAAGAGGCUGGUAUUUUCUUCUCAUCUUCUCUAUUUGGUGUUUUGACUCAAUGGAUGGUGUUCCUUCUUCAUCUCCUAGAGUGUGUCUACUGUCUCACCUCGAACUGAGUUUCACAGGAUGAUUAUACUCAUCCCUGUCACCCACUGUAUGUUCACCCUUAUGAUAUUCUAGGGGUUCACUUGUUGCUAUUUCAUUUGAUGGCACUGGUUAUGCCAGUUGGAGAUGGACUAUUCUAGUCACUCUUUCAGUGCGCAAUAAGCUUGAAUUUGUCGAUGUAAGUACAGUACGACCUUCGUUUGAUUCUCCUUUGGCCAGACAAUGGCAGAGAUGUAACGAUCUCGUUCUAUCUUGGCUUCUUAAUUCCUUAUCCAAGGAAGUCAGUAAAAGUGUUGAAUAUUCUGGGUUUGCUAGUGAAGUAUGGAAUGAACUGGAAGAGAGGUAUGGUAAAGUCGAUGGUGUUAGGGUUUUUGAGUUGAAAAAGGAACUUGCACAUAUUUCUCAAGGGUCCUUAAAUAUUGUGUUUUACUUCAACAUGAUUAAACAACUUUGGGAUGAAUUAGCAUCCAUUUUGACUAGGCGAGCCAGAUCUUGCACUUGUAAUGCUAGGCUUUUAUACUAGGAAGAUGGGGAUGAACAGAAGCUCUAUCAGUUUUUAUUGGGCCUGAUGCCUACACCCAAGUUAGGAGUCACAUUCUAAUGAUGAAGCCAUUACCUUUGGUUAGCUUGGCAUACUGUCUCCUUCUAAAUGAUGAGAAACAACAAGUAUCCACUUCUCCAUCCUUGUUCUUCUCAUACCCAUCUAUUCCAAUUAAUGCUGGGGUAAUAAGGAAUUUCACUUACUCACCUAGGAUUACUUUUGACACAUCUGGACCCAAACCCAAUUUAGUGUGCAAAUAUUGCAAGAAACCAGGCUACAACAUUGAUAAAUGCUGCAAACUACAUGGCUUUCCUCCUGGCUUCAAAUUUACCAAGUCUCUAGGUCCUCGAAGGGCUGUUGUACAUGCUGAAACUGCACCACCUGUUGAGCCUGCAGUUUCCAGUACUCCAGUCACUACUUCCCCACUUCUUGGACUUACUGUUGAUCAACAUACUCAGCUUUUAAGCCUGCUGCAGCAGACUCAACUGUCCCAGCCUGCUCCUGAUGCACCUUCAUCUUCUUUGAUGGCUUCUGCUGCCUUUGCUGGUGCUAGAAGAUAGACAAAGAAGAAAAAUGGGUCAAAACUCAUUGAUGAGGCUGGUAUCCACAUUUCUAGGAAUCCCAUCUUUUACGAGCGAACGAAGCAUAUAGAACUGGACUGUCACUUUGUUCGAACCAAGCUUUCUGAUGGACUGAUCUCUUUAUCUCACACUUGUAGUUCCUCCCAGCUUGCUGACAUGUUUACCAAAUGCCUCACUGGAGUUCAAUAACAUGAUCAUCUUCCCAAGUUGGGAGUUCUUUCCCCCUCCAACUUGCGCGGGGUGGUGGUGGUGGGGGUGUUGGAGUUACUUGAUAAUGACUUGGAUCCAUUAUUAGUUGUACAUAGUGGGCCUCACAGUAGAUAUUAUAUUUAUGUGCAGUGUCUUUGUAUUUGUAUUUUUGGGCCUACUAAAUGUAUAUACAUACACAUGGGACCCGACCCAAUACACUAAGAAGAUAUUUUUUCUUCA